AUGGAACAAGACUCUUACACCAUACAGGGGGUUAGCUGCUGUCAUUUAACUACUCACCUGUACCUCCAAAAUCUCUCACUGGAGAACAAAAGUGGAGAAACCCAAGGAGGCUCUUCUAUCACCAAGCAAACUCUUUGUCUGUUUCACCUCCGUUUUGGGCCUGUGGAUAAAAACCUAGAGAACGCGGAGGAGGCGGCGGAGCAGUUCAAGUUAAUCCAGGCGGCCUAUGACGUGCUCAGUGACCCGCAGGAAAGAGCCUGGUAUGAUAAUCACAGGGAGGCCCUGCUGAAAGGAGGAGUUGAUGGAGACUAUCAGGAUGAUAGUUUGGAUCUGCUGCGCUACUUCACUGUCAGCUGUUACUCUGGAUACGGAGAUGAUGAAAAGGGAUUCUUUACAGUCUAUCAGCAAGUUUUUGAAAAGAUUGCAAAAGAAGAGAUGGAAUACAUGACCCAGGAAGAUACUGAAGAAUUCCCUAUGUUUGGAAAUUCCCAAAGUGACUAUGAUACGGUAGUUCACCCUUUCUAUGCAUAUUGGCAGAGUUUCUGUACUCAGAAAAACUUUGCUUGGAAGGAAGAGUAUGACACACGACAAGCCUCAAACCGCUGGGAGAAACGUGCUAUGGAAAAAGAGAACAAGAAAACAAGAGAGAAAGCAAGGAAAGAGAGGAAUGAACUGGUCCGUCAGCUAGUAGCAUUUAUUCGUAAAAGGGAUAAGAGAGUACAGGCUCACAGAAAACUUGUAGAAGAACAAAAUGCAGAAAAAACUAGGAAAGCAGAGGAAUUUCGGAGGCAGCAGAAGCUCAAACAAGCGAAGCUUGCGGAGCAGUAUAAAGAACAGAGCUGGAUAACUAUGUCAGAUCUGGAGAGAGAGUUGCAAGAGAUGGAGGCACAAUAUGAAAAGGAAUUUGGAGAUGGAUCAGAUGAGGAGGAAUUAGACGAACAGGAGACAAAAAUCAUCGAAGGUAUGGGGGACAACCUGAAUGAUGAGACUGAAGAAGCUGAGUUUGUUGAUGGUCUGUACUGCCCUGCUUGUGACAAACUUUUAAAGACUGAGAAAGCCAUGAAGAACCAUGAAAAGUCAAAGAAGCAUCGGGAGAUGGUCGCACUCUUACGACAGCAACUGGAAGAAGAAGAAGGGAAAUUUCCUGUGUCUUUGGAUGAUGCAAAUGGAAUACAAACCAAAGAGGAGGAAGAAACAGAAGAUACGCCCAAGCAGAAACUCUCAAAGAAGCAGAGGAAGAAACAGAGAACAAUGAUGACUUAUGAGGACUCUCUUGACAAAAGUGCUGAUGAAGAAACAGUUGAACGGAAGGAGGUGCCCUGUGUGGAUAAGGACAGUGGCUCAGCAGAAGAGCUGGUGAAUGAUGGCCAAAGGUGUGCUGAGCCAGAGGACACAAGCACGACAGAAGAUGUCAGCCAAGUGAAAGAAGCAACAACUGAAGCCAAAAGCAGUACUAAGCCAAAAGGGAAAAAAGCCAAAGAUGCAAAAAAGUCUGCCAAGGCAUCUUCUGAGCAGCCAGCGAAUGAAGUUCCCAUCCUCUGUGUCACCUGCAACUGUGCAUUUCCAUCCCGAAAUAAGCUGUUUGAACACCUAAAAGCCACAGGACAUGCAAAAGCAACACAAGCACCACCUGUAAAUGGAGCUGUAAGUGCCAGAAGCAAAAAAGAGAAACGCAAGAACAGAUAG